GCUGGGGGGCGGGCCCGCAGCUGACCAUGGCGGGCGAGCUUGAGGGUUCCAAACCUCUGAGCGGGCUGCUGAGCGGCCUGGCCCAGGAAGCUUUCCACGGGCAUCAAGGCAUCACAGAAGAGCUGCUGCGGAGCCAGCUCUAUCCAGACGUGUCACCGGAGGAGUUCCGCCCCUUUCUGGCUAAGAUGAGAGGGAUUCUUAAGUCAAUUGCAUCUGCAGACAUGGAUUUCAACCAGUUGGAGGCAUUCUUGACUGCUCAAACCAAAAAGCAAGGUGGGAUCACAUGUGACCAAGCUGCUGUCAUUUCCAAAUUCUGGAAGAGCCAUAAGACAAAAAUUCGAGAGAGCCUCAUGAACCAGAGCCGUUGGGACAGUGGGCUUCGAGGUCUGAGUUGGAGAGUUGAUGGCAAAUCGCAGUCAAGGCAUUCAGCUCAAAUACACACCCCUGUUGCCAUAAUGGAGCUGGAAAUAGGAAAAAGUGGACAGGAAUCUGAAUUUCUGUGUUUGGAAUUUGAUGAAGUCAAGGUCAAUCAAGUCCUAAAGAAGCUGUCAGAGGUAGAAGAAAGUAUCAGCACACUGAUGCAGCCAGCCUAGCUGAAGAUGGAGUUGUUGAAGCAAAGGUGUUCAUGAUCCCUCCCCAGUGAGCUGGGGUGUUUUGUUGUUGUUUUGUCGUUGUUUUUUAAAAUCUUAUUCCCCCAUUAGUAUUAAAUCCUCAAAUUCAAA